AUGCGCGGUAUUCAACUUGUUAAAUACGGUAUUACAGAAGAUUGCCUUGUCUAUAAAGAAGAUUUGCCCAAGCCUACUAUCAAGUCACCUUAUGAAGUACUUGUGCGUGUUAAAGCAGUGGGCGUCAAUCCUGUGGAUGCUAAGCUUGCUUCUGGCAACAUCAGUCGAUUUCUUGCUAAAUUGCCCAGUGUUAUUGGUGGUGAUUACUCGGGUCUGAUCGAGGAAAAAGGCGAUCGUGUAACUGAAUUUCAAGUGGGUGAUCAAGUGUUUGGUGCUUUGCCAUUUGUCGCAGGUCCACAAGGUAGUUACGCAGAAUACACCAUCGUAGACACCAGUAAGACUUCUAUUGCCAAGAAGCCCGAACAUCUUUCUUUUGAGCAAGCUGCCUCGGCUGGUAUUGCUGUAUUAACUGCUUAUCAAGCGUUAGUCAAGUUUAGUCCUAUCAGUAAACAAAAGAGAAAGAUCCUUGUUGUGGGUGCUUCAGGUGGUGUUGGUGCCUAUGGUAUUCAAAUUGCCAGAGCAUACAAUCCAGAAAACACAGUUGUUGGUAUUUGCAGUGGUAAAAAUGCUGAAUUCGUCAAGUCUUUAGGGGCUGAUAUCGUGGUGGAUUAUACAGAUAAAGAAGCCUUUAAGGAAUUCAUCACAAGAGACAAAGCCACUUUUGAUCACAUUUUUGAUUGCGUAGGUGGUGAUGAUUACUAUAACAAGCUGGCCCCUCUCUUAAACAAGAAAGGUAUCUACUCUACUGCUGUAGGUCCUGUGGAACAUAUUGGCUCUAAGCCUGUAGGUGUCAGUACCAUCUUCUCUAUCGUUUGGAACGUUGGCACAAAGCAAUUAUUCAAAUCCAAUCCAUACAAAAUAGUUACUUCUCUUCCUCAUGCCGAUUUUAGGACAGACAUUGGACCUUUAUUUGAAUCUAAAGCAUUGCGUGGUAUGGUCAUUGAUGAAAAAGAGAAUAUUUUACCAUUGAAAGAAGCAUUCAAGGCUCACAGAAAACUGUUGUCUCAUCGCACUGUAGGCAAAAUUGUAUUAACAGUGGAUGAAUAA